AUGAACCACAGGGAGCCGAUUUCGGGCUCUAGCUUCUACAACGUGAUCGAGAGACCCGGGGAGUCAUAUACAGUUCUGUCUGCUUUGGAAGAUGGCGUGGUCUUGGGAAAAGGUGAAACCGUGGGUUCGGUCAAGAAUGGCUACUCCAAAGCCGUCAGCAUCUUCGCCGAGUCAGUUACUUUGGGGGAUAUUGACGGGUCAGACAACAUGACAUUCGGGUCCACAGAAGCGGAAGAGGUCACCCUAAGCACAACCGAUUUAUUCAUCCGAGACGAAUCUAACGCUGCUGUUGUAAGUGCUCGUGGUCAAGAUGGAGUACCAAAUACCACUGGCACGGAGGAGGACCGUAAGAAGACAAAUGGCAAAUCUGGACAUAAGCUUAAUGUAUUUGUGGGCCAGGCUCCAUCAAAGGCACUGGACAUCAACUAUGAAGCUCGUGGAGGACAUGGUGGAACUACCAUUGAGAGCGACCAUGCUGCUGGCUCGGGAGGCCAAGGGGGCUCGGUGGUAGUCAUAUACUUAUCCACAUGGACUCCCAUUCUACAGGACCUACGCGAUGUCAUUGCGAUGGUUCGGGUUGAAAAGAAAUUACCGAAAGACACCAAAACCUUGAUUUCUAGUGACGCACCAAAAGCAACCGUGUUGAGUAGCAUCCUCGGCAUUAUUGUCAAGAUUGAGCGUCUUUGCGACAAAGACGACCCGUUGAGGAGAGAUAUUGUCAAUUCAUUGUCGCCUCUGCUGGUUUCUGAUCGCAGGCACACCAGAGGAAGUGUUUACAAGACCCUAAAUCAAGCUGUGAAAGAUGCACAACAGGCCGUGAAUGCCCAUAGCAACUCUUUGAGCAGAUCAGUUGAUGCCUCACGGGGUUAUGGGGGGACAGCUGGGCAGUCUGCAGGCCAGCGUGGCAUUGAAGGAGAGCACGGUGCUGACGGUACGGCCUACGUCAAGACGGUAGCUGAUUUGAAGGUGUCUGGGCCUUUUUCCUUUGCACCCCUUCAUCCACUGCAGUGUCAGAUGCAGAUUGAAAAGGCGUACGCUCUCCUCUAUAUCGGUGAUCAAGGGUGCAUUGACCGUGCAAAAUCGAUUCUCUCUCGCUUGUCCGCAAAGAUACACGCAGUCAUCGACGUCCCGGACGAGGGCUCCGCUGAAUAUAAAGCGCUGCCAGAAGAUCAGAAACAGGCGCAAGAAAUCAGAAUCCAGUCUCUCCAGAAAGCAUAUGAGGACCGGCGAGAGUGGAUUGGAAUCCCCCGAACAAUGUCCGAUCCCGUCUUGGAACUCCAGAAAAUUGCUCGCAAAGCGUCAGAAAUGUUUACCCAAACAACCCAGACGUCAACCGAUGUGUUCGACUGCGAGCACAACUGGGUGCCACGUUUGUCUGUCGAGAGAUUUGAGCAUGAGACCAAGCUCUCCCUUGAGGCGCUCGAAAAGACCGAAACAGUUUACAUGCGUAUGGAGAAACAGCUGGACCAGAUCGAGAAGGAUGAAAGCCUACGACGACUAACUAUAGAUCAAAUACACGAUGGCCUGCAAGAGCUUGGGAAAGAAAAAGAACAGCGGGUCAAGGGGCUGGAGCAACUUCGAGAUAGGAUCGCCAGUAAGAUAUUUGUGGCGGAGCUUUCACGCCGGGCAGAUGAGCUAGAUUCUCUGCUCAGGGAACUGAAAAGCCGCUCUGAUUCCAACUUUGAAAUUAGUUUUGACAGUUUCCUCAAAUCUUUUGUUACUGUUGCCAAGAAGACAAACAUCGAUUCGUUGAUGUCGAAGCCCAAAGACAAGCAGGAUGGUGACAAGCAGGGUGGUGACAAGCAGGAUGGUGACAAGCAGGAUGGUGACAAGCAGGAUGGUGACAAGCAGGAUGGUGACAAGCAGGAUGGCGGCAACCAGGAUAGCGUCAAACAACCAGAUGAACAACCAUCAGCAGGUCAGCCGUCGACUAGUCAAAAUACAGCCGGGAGCUCGGCUCUAGGAAACAAAACAAUAGAUGAAACACCAUCCAAGCCAACCGACAGUCCCAUGCCAACUGAUAAUACCAAGCCAAAGGAUACUACCAAACAAACGGAUACUACCAAACCAACGGAUAAACCGAAGAAAAAAGACGGUGGAAUCGAUUUUGAGAAGCUGAAGAAGAUGUGGGAACCCUUCGGCAGUGAGCUCACCGACAAGGUCUGGGAGGGAGUCACAACCAUCCCCGACGCGGAUGGCAAUGCAGUCAGUAAACUCUUGAUUGCUCGUAGGAUCAGGAAGGCUUUGGGGAAUUUAGCGGACAUUGACAAAGGUGAUGAAAGCCGAACGGUGCGAGACCCCGACACAGGCGAAUUGGUGCUUGAUAAAGAGCGGGAUGAUUUAUUGGUUGCAAGUAAAGCCCAGAUUGACAAAUUUGUCGAGGACUUCCAGCCUUCGAAGAUUGGCCCUCAAGCUGUAAGGGUCCAGAAAGCGUUGAAGCGCUAUGCAGACAUGAUCACAGAGCGCAAUGAUAUGAAAGUCCAAUACAAUGUGCAGCUCAAGGCACUCGUCAAGCUCAACAGUCAAUUCCACGCCAUCCGUGAAGCUCAGGACAAGUUGCGAAAGAAUGUUGUCCACCUCGAUAUUGGGCAAAUCAGUCAAAUGAAGCAGAUGUCUGAGGAUAUCUAUUUCUGGAACCGGGCAAGGACAAUGAGAUUGCUCUCACUCUAUCGUCGAGCGAUUUACCUAGCGACCCUUACCAAGCCAGAUGCAAAUGAGAUCGGGUUAGGGACAAGCGAUGUCGCCCUUAGCUUUCCGGCAGUGGCUCUGUCUGCAACUCAAAGCCGACUUCAUGCAGCCUUGUUUGACGCAGAGAGCAAAGCGGGUUCAGAUGCUGCGCAGUUCCCGCAUAACUUCGACAACGAUGAGGGAAAGUGUGUCGACUUGACUCCAGAAGACCUCGAAUUCCUCCGCAAACAUGACCACGUACGUAUAAAACUGCCUGCAACCACGCCGGCUCCCACAAAAGAUACUCUGUCAUCUUUUCGCGGCUGCGCAGAUGUGCGCGUCUAUCGCGUGCGGUUCUGGCUCGACGGCGUGCGAUUACAGCGUGAUAUCCGCAGUUCCGGAAAUCACAUCGUUCUAGAUGUCAACCUGACCCACGAAGGUGAUAGCGUUUAUUAUGACCGUUUCGGCAAUUAUCAUGCAUUUACGCACGAUCCCAUAGAUAUCAAACCAUCCUUCCGUGUGUCGCAAUCGCCGGAUGGUGGUAGUGCUCACCUUUCUGCCCUGGACAACGGUGCUAUUGUUUCGGCUGUACCUACAGCCGGAGGGCUUCAGAAGUACGCUGCUCCGAGUCCCUUUGCGACGUGGACUGUCUCUUUCCGGAAUGUGGAUUUCAAUACCCUCGACCUUUCCGGGAUCACAAAGGGAUGGUUUGAGUUCUUUGGUACAUAUCGCGCUUUUCGAUAA